AUGGCCAACGAGGCGAACUCGGCCAGUGCCCGCCAAUCUGCCAGUGGCGAUGAUGGCGAGGUGUGGGCUGAUGCGGAUGCUGGUGGCUCUGGACAGGAUCCUCAAGGUAGUCGCCAUGCGGAUGGUUCUGCCGUCUCAGCCUCAGCCUCAACCUCCGCCUCCAGCUCGGGCACGGACACGGACUCGGACUCGGACUCGGACUCGAAUCAGUUCUUUGACACGGCACCAUUUGCAGCACCGGCGCUUCACAAGGCUGUGGUGACCGGAGACUCUGAGCAGCUGGUGGCACUGCUCGAGUCUGUGGCAGUGGCACAUCGGUAUCACGACAAGCAUACCCAUGUCAUCAAUGCUCACGACAGCCACGGGAUGACAGCGCUGCAUCUAGCGACUCUGCUGGCGGACCAGAAAGCAAUUGAUGCGCUCAUCGACGCCGGUGCUAGCGUAACGCUGCCGUCGGCCGAGCUGUAUGCCACCUACCACGAGGCCAUUGCCACGUCCAACGCAGCACUGCUGCUGCGUGCGCUCAAGAUCAUCCGCGCUACCUCGCAGGUGGUGUACGAGACCAAGCUUCCGAACGUGCUCGCCACGCUGGCCAGCCUUGACGACUUUGCGCUCGACUUGGACUGGAAGGUCUCUUCGUGGGUCCCGUUUGUCUCGCGGCUCUGCCCGACCGACACCUACAAGGUGUACAAGAUCGGCGAGGCCGUCCGGGUGGACAUCACGCUGAUCGGGCGCGAGGGCUCGUCGUGGAUCCGCGGCAACAUUUCGUUUGUCUUUCUCCCCACGCCGCCGCUUGGAGUCCUCUACUCGAUCAACCACGAGACCAAGACAUACUCGGUGAUCAAGACCGACGCCGUUGCCAUGAGCGACUCCCAGCUCGCCCGCGAGGCAGCGCACCUGAUGCGCUCAGAAAUCGCGGUCACCGAUGUUCCACUGGAGAACAUCGAGGUUGCGCCGGCAACUUCAUGGAUGGGCUCGCUGCGGUUUGAGGAAGUCAACGGCUAUCCGUGCUCAGUCCACAACAUGUCCAACAUUGUGGUCUCAACCAAGACGCGCAACGAGCACAUCUCGCCCGAGAUCCGCGCCGAGCUCGAGGCCCGCCGUCGCCGCUUGGCCGAGCUCGAAGAGGUGGCGCUCGAGGCCGAGAACCCAGACACGCUCGAGCUCGAGGCUUCGGAGACCGACGCGCUCCUCGACGAUCUGCAGCGCAAGUAUGGCUCGAAGCUCGCCUCGUCGCUACCAACCUAUCACCCGGUAGCUCGCGACGAGCCGGACGCGCUCUGGGCCGCAUACCUUGCGCACGGGCCGGCCGUGCUCCGCGGGCGCGAGCUCUCGGAGCAGACGUCGACCAAGACACUGAAGGCCUCGCUCUGGUGCUCGCCUGACUUUCCGCUCACCAUCGACCAGUUCCGCCCGCUCCUGCACCUACUCGCCCCAGCCUCGCCCGAGUUUAAGGAGAUCUCUGAGUUUUUCGACAACCGCCUCCCGCACGACCACGGCUUUCCGGUCCGGUUCCAGCUCCCGCUCUACAAGCUGUUCAAAGCCGAGGCCACGUUCCGCAACUACCGCCUCCUCGACGCAUCCGACCCCGACGUCAUCGCCCUCAUCGCCCUCCCUGCAGACUACACGCAGGUUGCGUCGCUGGCCGACUUUGACGAGGCUGACUAUUCAUACGAGUCGUCACAGCUUUCCAUCCACCGAGGACGAUGA